AUGUCGGCCUCGUCGAGCGGCCAGCACCUCUCCUUCUGGUCCAACUUCCUCGCCCAUCACCGCAGGUCCACCUUCUUCCUCGGUCUCUGCACCGGCCUCGUCCUCGGCCUCGGCUCCCUCACCUCGGUCUUCUACCUCGCCGAAAAGCGCGAGCGCAAGAGGCGAAGGCGCCGCCUGCGCGCCUACGGCCUCGACGACGACGACGAGGAUGAACGCCUCCGCAGGGAAAUCAGGGGCCGCGACUCGAUCCAGAUCAGGAGCGGUCAGGUGGUCCGCGGCAUCGAGGGCCUCAUCGGCAACACGCCCCUCAUGCGCAUCAACAGCCUCUCGGACCUCACCGGUUGCGAGAUCCUCGGAAAGGCAGAGUUCCUCAACCCCGCUGGAAGCCCAAAGGACCGCGUCGCCCUCCAGAUCCUAAACGACGCAGAGGAAGAGGGUCUCCUCCAUCCGAACACUGGCAGCUGCAUCUUUGAAGGCACCGUCGGCUCCACCGGCAUCUCGCUCGCCACACUGGCAAGAGCAAAAGGUUACCGCUGCUCAAUCGUCAUCCCCGACGACGUGGCAAGAGAAAAGGUCGAGGUUCUGCGCAAGCUCGGAGCAGAGAUCGAGUCUGUCCGUCCGCGCGGCAUCGUCGAUCCCCGGCACUUUGUCAACGAGGCGCGCGCGCGGGCCGAAGCGUUCGGCGACGUCGAACUCGUUGGUCCGCACGCCGAUGCCCUGGGUGCGGGCUACCACUUCAAGUCCGAGAGCGGCGAUGAGGGCGGCCAGGGCGUCGGCGACGAUAUCCACCGGAGUGACCUCGUCGUCUCGUCUAAGUCGACGCGCAUCGACGGGCAAGACGACGAGCUCGAAAAGCGUCCGCGCGGCUUCUUUGCUGAUCAGUUUGAAAACCCGUCCAACUUCUGGGCGCACUACAGCAACACGGGCCCCGAAAUCUGGCGGCAGACGGGCGGGCUGCUGGACGCCUUUGUCGCGGGCGCGGGUACCGGCGGGACGCUGAGCGGAUGCGCGGCCUACUUGAAGCGCGAGUCGUGCAGCAACGAGGGCGGGCGGCGGCACUUUCUCAACGGCCCGCGGGCGCACGGCGAGGUGCGCGUGGUGCUGGCGGACCCGCAGGGAUCGGGGCUGUACAACAAGGUCAAGUUCGGCGUCAUGUACAGCCCCACCGAGGCGGAGGGCAAGCGGCGCAGGCACCAGGUCGACUCGGUCGUAGAGGGCAUCGGCAUCAACCGCAUCACCAAGAACCUCGAAAUGGGACUCCAGUGCGUCGACGAUGCCGUCAGGGUAUCGGACGAUGAGGCGGCCAGGAUGGGCAGGUGGCUCGUCCUGAACGAUGGCCUCUUCCUGGGCUCAUCGUCGGCCGUCAAUUGCGUGGCGGCGGUGCGCACCGCGCUGCGCCUCAAAAAGGAACGCGGCAGCGACCCGCCACCCGUCGUCGUGACUAUCCUCUGCGACUCUGGCGCGCGUCAUCUGUCCAAGUUCCACGACGACGACGCCUUGAAGCGCCUGGGCGUCGAUGCCGGCAGCAGCGACAUUUCCGACAUUUUGCAAGAGGACUGA